AUGUCUUCCAAUCCAAAUUCAGGCGCUCCUGCUCAAGGUGGCACCCCCACGCAGGGACCUCCAACACAGCAGCUAACACCCGAUUCUGUGCAGCAUCUGGCAUUGCGUUAUCGCCAGUAUUUUAAUGAAGCACAAAGGCUAGGACCCACUACUCCUCAAGGCCAGGAGCUGCUGAGAAGAGCUUCUAAGAUCAAGGCAAUGUACGUCGCAUACAACACUCAGAAUCAACAAGCGGCCCAAGGGCUUCCACAAGCGGCUAGUGGGCCUUCUGCAGCCGCUGACAACGGGUCAGCGUCGCCAGCUGCCUCGCAGAACUCAAAUGGUACUCCAACCAGCAACUCAAUCUCGAGUAAUAUCCAGAAUUUGCUGACUCCACAACAAAACGAAGCGUAUGGCAAACUUAUACAGACUUUCAACGAAAAUGGUGAAAAGAUCAAAGGCGAAUAUGGCUUUUUGAAAAAGCAAAUUGAGAUUUUAGAUGGUGAGAUCAAUAAACGACAGGGCAAUCCGGCGAUAGUUAACCAGUUGGAGACGAAAAAAUCCGAAAUCCUCAACAAGUUGACGAGCUUUGGCGUUUCUUAUACAGCGCUCAGCCAAAAGCUGCGCGAGGAUAAGAAAAACUUCUACAUCGAGUGCGCGGCAACUAAUCCUAAUUUGAAACGCUUUUUGCAGGCCUCAACCCAGCAGCAACGUGCCAAUGCUGCUAAUAUGUCGAACGGUGGAUCUCCGUUGCCUGCAAACGCAACUGCAGCCGCCGCUAGCAGUCCGAGCCAACAGCCAGUAAUACAGCAGCCACAAGUUCAACAACAACAAACAAAGAGCGCUCCUACACAACCAAAGUCAAAUGCAAAUAGUAGAUCUCCCACCCAUGUGACAUCAGUGAAUGCUGCUGCUCAUUUGGCCAACACUGUCAGUCCAGCGGGCAGACAGGCCAUUUUCAAGCAACCCAAUCCUUCGGUUCCCAUCUCCGAAACCGUCGCACAGAAAAUGCCCACGCCUGUGGUUCAUAGAGCCAACCGGCCCACUAUCACUGGUGGUAGUGCAAUGAACGCUGCCGCGAUGAACACUCCUGUAAUGACCAAGCUCCCACCCUAUGAGGUGGACAACGAAAGGGUUAUGUCUAAGAGAAAGCUGCGUGAGCUUGUCAAGUCCGUUGGCAUUGACGAAGGUGAUGGCGAGACCACCAUUGACGGUGAUGUCGAGGAGCUUUUGCUUGACUUGGCCGACGAUUUCAUCACAAAUGUGACAAGUUUCGCUUGCCGUCUUGCCAAGCAUAGGAAAUCGGAUAAUUUGGACGUUCGCGACAUUCAACUGCAUCUCGAAAGGAAUUGGAACAUUCGUGUGCCUGGUUAUGCUGCCGACGAAGUAAGGAGCACUAGAAAGUGGAAUCCAACUACCAGCUACAACCAGAAGCUUCAAGGUAUCAAUACUGCCAAAGCUGCCAAGACUGCUUCCGCUGCUCAAGCUAUAGCUGCUCAGGCAGUCAGUGGUAACUCGAGCAAGCCGCAGUCCUUGCCAUAG